AACUGCUCCCUCCGCUUCCUCUCGUUGGCUCCCGGCGCCGCGGAGCUGCGGCUGCGGCUGCGGGGGGGGGGGGCGGGGGGGGGGGGGGGCGGCUGGAGCUGCAGCACGACUUCCAGGAGAACGGGCAGUGGGAAAUCGUGCACGGCGCGGCGCUGCAGCACCAGGGUUUGCACGAGGACGUCACCUUCAUCCUGGUGAUCCGCCGCAAGCCGCUCUUCUACAUCAUCAACGUCCUCGUGCCCUCCGUGCUGCUCACCAUGCUGGCCGUCAGCACCUUCUACCUCCCCCCUGACGCUGGUGAGUGCACGAGGCUUUAUUGCACGAGGGCUCUGUUGCACGGGGGGCUUUGCAUGGGG